CACAGACACAAUAAACUUUAGUGCCGGACGCUUGCAGGCAGUAGGCGCAAAACCCCAACGUUGUGUUUGGGCUGCGCUUCUCUACGGAGCCACUAACGGGAAACGAUACAAGAAAGAAAAAAGAAAGAGGAUUUACUCAGACGUAUGCUUUUAAUCUGAGAUCGGCAAGUUUUAAAUGACUACGUGCGCCUUUUACGCACAGAUCUGUAGGUGAUCCAUUGCUGCGUUUUGGAUAUUUUAAUCUAUUGAAUGGAUCGGAGUGGGAUACUAUAGCCUCCGAGACGCACGGACUACACGCUGCUGGACUAAACACGCGCUCCUAACUUUGCGCUUGAGGAGAUAUUUGACCGCAAACACCUCCAAGCGCACAGCCGCUCCGUGACGCGGUGGUGACCAUGCCCGGGAUGGUGGUGUCGCUCACCGGGGCAGCCCUGCUCCUCUUGUCCGGGUUGGUCGGGGUUCAUGCGUUCGGCGACGAGGUAGAGGAGAUGACCUGCGACCCGAUCCGGAUCAGCAUGUGCCAGGGUCUUGGGUACAACGUCACCAAGAUGCCCAAUCUGGUGGGGAAUGUGCUGCAGUCGGACGCAGAGCUGCAGCUGACCACGUUCACGCCGCUCAUACAGUACGGCUGCUCCAGUCAACUCAAGUUCUUCCUGUGCUCAGUGUAUGUGCCAAUGUGCACAGAUAAGGUUCCUAUCCCCAUCGGUCCAUGUGGAAGCAUGUGUCUCUCUGUGAAGAGGAAAUGCCUUCCAGUGUUGCACGAGUUUGGCUUCAUUUGGCCCGAGGUGCUGAACUGCAGCCUGUUCCCACCUCAGAAUGACCAUAACCACAUGUGUAUGGAGGGUCCAGGGGACGAGGACCAACCCUACCACCCUGUCCGCCACCCCCCUCACCAGGAGGAGUGUCAGGCCCUUGGCUCUGCCCCUGAUCAGUACACCUGGUUGAAACAGACUGAUAGUUGCGCUCUGCAGUGUGGCUACGACAGCGGGCUCUACCGCCGAGGGGCCAAAGUCUUCACAGAUGCAUGGAUGGCGGUGUGGGCUGUGCUUUGCUUCCUCUCAACCACUCUCACAGUCCUGACUUUCCUGUUGGAUUCACAGCGUUUCUCCUACCCUGAAAGGCCCAUCAUCUUCCUGUCUAUGUGCUGUAAUCUUUACAGUGUUGCCUACCUGGUACGUUUGACUCUGGGGAGGGAACGUGUUUCCUGUGACCUAGAUGCUGCAGCUGUACCAAUUCUAGUGCAAGAAGGGUUAAAGAGCACUGGUUGUGCCAUAGUCUUCCUCCUGCUCUAUUUCUUCGGCAUGGCCUCCUCACUAUGGUGGGUGAUUCUGACUCUGACUUGGUUCUUGGCGGCCGGGCUCAAGUGGGGACAUGAGGCUAUUGAAAUGCACAGCUCCUACUUCCACAUAGCAGCCUGGGCCAUCCCAGCUGUAAAAACCAUCGUGAUCCUCAUAAUGAGGCUGGUGGAUGCAGACGACCUGACCGGACUCUGCUAUGUUGGCAACCAGCAGCAGGAGGCGCUCACAGGCUUUGUGGUGGCACCGCUUGCUACAUACCUUCUAAUAGGCACCCUGUUUAUCUGUGCCGGAUUAGUGGCUCUUUUCAAGAUCCGCUCCAAUCUGCAGAAAGACGGCGCCAAGACAGACAAGCUGGAGCGUUUGAUGGUGAAGAUUGGGGUGUUUUCUGUUCUCUACACCGUCCCAGCCUCUACUGUCAUUGGCUGUUACCUCUAUCAACUCUCAAACUGGGGGGAGUUCAGGGCCAGUACCAGAGACUCAUAUGUGGCCUCAGAAAUGCUCCGAAUCUUUAUGUCACUUCUUGUGGGAAUCACGUCAGGCAUGUGGAUCUGGUCAGCAAAGACCCUCCACACGUGGCAACGCUGCUCCGCCCGCCUGCUCAGGGACAGUCGGGCAAGUCGCGGGGGCAAGAGGGCACCGGGAGAAGGUUGGAUCAAACCAGGGAAAGGCAAUGAGACGGUGGUGUAAGAUGAACGGCAGAGAAAAUGGAAAGGAAAGACUUCCACCCGCUUCUUUCUCACAUACAGAAACUCAUGGUGCCAAACAAGGACGUGGAGCACACGAAAUGAGAAACAGUGUGUCAUGUCCACAUAGCAGGAGCCUCUGAAAGAAGCUCCAGGAUGUAACGGCAUCAAAAAAGCUCUCUGAGAGUCCAUGAGCAGGCCUUAGGUCCUCUAACUGUGUGCCUCUAACAGGGGGGUUUAUAUCACCCUAAGGUCUGGGGGUUAAGGAGGAGACAAGGGGAGGACUGAUCCGCACAUAAGUAGCAAAAGUAGCCUCUCUACCUCUGUUAGACUGUUGCUGCCCAGAGAGAAGGAGAGAGAAACACAAUGAAGGAGAUGGAGAGAUGGAAAAGGCAGAAAACAAAGCAUCUAAAUCCAGACUCAUCUAAAAGCUGUGUAGCACCAUGUCUACCUCUGUCUCUCUUUUCUCCAGAUCCCUCAGCAGAAGAGACUAAACCUGCUGGACACACAGAUCCUUCUGUCCUUUAAGGGUCUUUUAAAGUUUUGAUUUUUACACUGGAGGGUCUCAGUGCAGAUAUUAUACAGAUGUAGACUGACAUUUCCCGAAAGCAUCUGACAACUUGGGUACCUAUGAAAAUUGGACAAAAAAAAGUAUGUACAUGUGGCCUUAAACGUGCACUGUGUUUACAUUUCACUAGCCUUUGACAUUUUUGUAAAUUAUAUACAAUAAGUCAAUGAUUUGAUUGCUCUGAUGUUUUUGGGAAAGCAGUUUGAUGCUGUGAUAAUGCACUCUAUUAAUGUUCAAUAUGUGAAGUGUCCAUGCUUGUCACAAGUGCAUUAGCAGGUUGUUGUGGGAGUACACCAAAAGAUAAAACCAGUGCAGUAACAUGCACAGAGCAUCUAACCAGGCCGCUUUGGCCAGUAUUCAUUUUCACACUGCAGCACUGACACCUCACCAGGACUAAGUGCUAUAUGUUACUGAAUCAAGCAGUAUCCUCUGUGAGAGCUUGGUGAAAUGUAUAUUAUCAGCCAUUUAUGAAGUUUUCACUGAAGUGUCCAAAUUUGAAACACUACUUUUUUUCCCCAAGUUUCUAAAACACACCAAAAAACUAAAAUCACUCUACAAGUAUUUUGAAGGCAGGAGCAAAAAGAAAAACACAAUGACAUUUAUUUAUAUACCUGUAUGUAGAUUCAACUGAAGUACUUGGUUUCAAGUGCUAACACACAUCUGUGGUAUCCAUGAAAUCAUACUGCAAUGAAUCCUGGGAAUAUCCCAGGGGUGCCUUUUAUUGAUCCAUAAAUGUGGAAGCUGUAAGGCAUCUGGGAAAUGUAGGCCGGUGUGUUUUACCUCAGUGGUCUGUGAGAAUGACUAACUUCCAGUGGUGUGUGCAGUGCUUUUGGAAACCCAGCUCUGCAUAUGCCAUGAAAUCCAGGAAAUGAAAUUAUUCCCUCUGCCCUCUUUUCCAAACACAGGCCCCAAGGCAGGCUAAGAAUUAGAGGUUAUUAGACAAUCACUUGCCAAGAGACACAUUAUGCAAUAUAGGAUGCAUGCAUAUAUGCACAUAUACACACAUGCUGUAGGAGGACUUCAGGUUUAAACAGUUGGUUCUCAUGGAUGUUAUCCACCAGUUUACAUGAAAGCAUGUCAUGACCAUUAUGAAAAAAAAAAACUAAUAGGAACAAUGAUAGACUGUAUCUUGGCUAAUUUUUGUCUUCCUCCUUUCCUCUAUUUGUCGCAGUCUCCUGGUAACUUCUCAGUUCUUAGUUUGAUAAGGUCAUCACUUGCCUGUCUGUAUCUUUUCAACGUCGUCUACUACAUCAUAGUUCAUUUCCCAGACAAUCAAAGUUCUCACUGAAAAAAUUUAAUGUAAACAAUGUUCUUUAGAGACACAAUUUCACAUACAUCUUGUUGAUUAUUAACAUCAUCUAUCAUUUUGUAUCUUGUAAGUCGUCUGAUUGGAUGCUUGUAGAAUGGGCUGACUCACCAUUUCUUACACCAAAUCUUGCCGUUUCUCCUGUGUACAGUUCAUGUGCCUGACAAUCUAUCUUGUAAAGCUCUAUAAAUGAGUCUUUGAAUGUAUAAUAUAUGUGGUGUGUGUCACAUUACACCAUUUGAGUAAAGAAAAUCUGGUUCGGGGUUACUGUGAAAGGGCUUAAACAAUGCAAAGCUUUGCUCUCCUGUGUAUUAUCUGAAACCAGAUAGCGUCUCGAAUACCUGCCACUGGUAUUUAGCCUAAUGUUUAGUAUGGGACAGAAAACACUUUCACAAUUUAUGACUGCCUUUUCCUCAAAUUGCAAUAUUGCGUUGCAGUCUAGGUUUCUGGUGAAGCUUAAAUUCCAGUGUUUCUCAGACCAGUAUACCUUGGCACACUUAUUAGAUUUCCAAAGUCAAACAUUACGUUGAGUUACAGUGAAUUAAAUUAAAGGUCUGACCACCUCCCCUCUGAGCUAAUGCAGUUUCCCUCUAGAACAGUCUUAAAGUUUGGCCGUCUCAACUCACACGAUCUCCCAGAGGUUCAGGUGACAUCUCUAAACAAUCACUGAGUAGUUGUGCCUUCAAACAUAAUGUGUAUGUGCCAUGGCCUGAUGAAGAUUAAGAACCACUGGUAAAAAAUAUAUAUUUGUUUUUGAGAAGUCCAGAUGUGAGUCAGUGUUGGUGUUAUUUCACCUAUACUGAUCUUAGCCUGUAAGGUUUAGUCUGUUUCUUUGUGUAGAAAACUCAUGGUCUUGAUGAUGUCAUCAAUGUAUUAUAAGAAAAUUGCUAAUUUAUCCUUGUACAAACAUGACAAAAUGAUUUUUAACUUGUUUGUUAUUUAAAAACACUUUUGUAUCAGAAGAUGAAUAAAAACAUUUUGGUUUCCAGUAUGCUGAUGUA